AUGUAACUACUUUUCUCGAUUGUUUAACUCCAAAUGAAAGCGGUCGAUUUGAAAAACUGGCAGAUGAUUCAGACGGAAGAAGACAGGUAGGGAGGAAAGGUAUUUGAGAACAGGAAGGAGGAUGACGUGAUUUCCGCAGGUUUAGACCGGGGAAAGUUGUUUCCUGAAGUUGCCUGAACGGAGCACUUCUACGCGAAAGUCCCUGCUGCUUGAAACGAAGGAAAUAAAACAAGGAGGAAAACACCAAAAUGUCGUGUGCAGGUCUCUCUUUCUGCUGGUGAUACGGUAUUUUAUUUCUCGUCUGCGGGUGUAGCUGUUCGUGUGACUGGAAGAUGAGCUCCAACACUGAAGACGCAACAGAGGCAAACUUACAGGCCCAGCUAGCCGAGUAUCGAGCUCAGGCUGAACACUGGCAGGGAGUGGCGACGAUCUGUGAGCUGAGCAAACAGGAGGAACUGGCAGAGCUGCAAAAACAAUGUGAUCAAGAGAUCCAGUCGCUGCAGGAGGCUCUCAGAGAGACAGCAGCUCAGUAUGAGGCCAGGAUAGCUCUUCUCCAGUCUCAGGCUCUGGAGUUGAGGAGAGUUGGGGGACAAAACCUGAUCCGUGUAAGGAAAGGCAGGACGGACUCUGACGUCUCCGGGCACGAAUCCUCAACACUGAACAGCAACAGUCUGACAGAGGCUGAGGUGGCGGCUUCAACUAGCAGGAGGCACAGCCAUUCAUCAGAGCUUGAAGCUGCGGCAGAGGGAGAAGGGGCUACGCACACAACAGAGGGAUAUUUUUCACUGCGUCACUGCGACUCUGCCUCGUUGUCCUCCUUCUCCUUAGACACACCCUCCCUGCCCAGAAAACGCCACUCUCAGGAAGACACAGACUCACUGGUGUCUACAGGAACUUUGGUUCCUGAAGCCAUUUACCUGCCACCGGCUGGACACCGGCUGGUCACACACAGUGACUGGGAUGCUCUUAAUGCUCAGGUGUCGGAGCUGCGAGGGGAAGUGAGUCGGUUGCAGGAUGACAAGGAGGAGCUAGAGAGAGUACUGGACGCACAGACCAACCACACACAGAGACAGGUAACAAUGCUCCAGUGUCAGGUGCAGAGCUCAGAGGCCCUCCUCCAGGAUUUGCAGAAAUCAUUAAGCCAGUCACAGAAUGACGUCCAGAGUCACCUGGCAGAGUUCUCUUUUUCUCAGAGGAAGAUGUGCAAUGAGCUGUCCAGACUGAGAGGGGAGAAGGUUGAGGACAUACCAGACUCGAGCGCUGCAUUCACAGCAACCCUGCAGACUCACCUGCAGGGGGCGCACUGUGAGGAGCGCCUUCGCAUUGAGAUCGUGAACCUGAGGGAGCAGCUGGACAAUCGUGCAGACGAAAACGAGGUUUUAGAGGUGCAGCUGUCCAGUCUGAAGACUGAGACAGAGAGGGUCCAGGCUCAGAAGGACCAAAUGCAGGCUGAACUGGCGGCUUGUCGCGCAGAGCUGGAAGCUCUACGGGUGGCGCUCUCUCAUGUACACAGCACUAACAAGGCUCUCAGCAAAGAUAAAGCGGCGCUGCAUCAACAGUGUCUGGAGCUGCGGAGUCAAGUGAUCAGCAUGCGUUCCCAGGUCGACACCAGUCAGACAGUGCAGAGGGACUUUGUGCAGCUCUCCCAGUCGCUGCAGGUGAAGCUGGAGCUGAUACGGCAGGCUGAGACUCUGGAUCAAGUGAAGGAAAUCCUGGAGGAGGGAAUCACUGAUGCUGGUUCUUCACCUGCAGACGACUUGUAAGUUUUAAAAAGUCACACUGGAACCAAAGAAUCGUGGACCAAGAUGAAAUAUCCCCAAAGUGACCAAUAAUGACUGACUGACCACAGUCAUGUUUAAAAAAAAAUAGACAGUUAUGAAGAGUGAGAACCGGAGUCACCACAGAGUAUUAUAACACUAGAACUACUGUGCAAACAGUAAGUGCAGAAGUGAUGAGUUUGUUUGUUUGUUUGUUUCAGAGACAAUUGUUUUGUGUCACUAACUGAAACUGUUGCUUCUUGACCAAAGUGACAUUUUUCUAUCAUCCAGAAACACAUGUAAAUAUAUUCUGUUUAUAAAAUUGAUGACAUGACUUCAGCAAAACA